UUCACGAUUUCAUUGAGUAAAUGAAAACAUGGAAGUUGCUAUCUUCAUAUUAUUAAAAAAUGAAAUCUAAUUUAAUUAUAUUCAAUAUUGACGUAAAGUGUGCAGUUUCAGUGAAUCCCUCACUAUUUGAAAGUGAAGUUUGUUUGUAAGUGUAGAAAGUUCUUUUCAACUUUUGUAAGUUAGUUCUUAUACAGAGAAUACAGUCGGCAGCUAAAUAGAUUAGGCUAGGUUUGGUGAAAUUAGUCAUAAGUCUAUUGUGAUAAACUACAAGGAAAAACAAUCAAUAGUUUCCAAGCCAUGCCAGAAAUAAUGAACUUUUAUUUAUCUCCAGUUAAAUCACAACUCACAUUGCAGCUGAAACAGUAAAUAGCAAGAUAUAGAUGGCUAUAUUUUGUGAAUUGAAACGUAAUUUCUAACCUAAAUUUUGUGAGUGGAGAUUAGAACUCUUCAAAAACCACAUCAAUCUGCAUAAACUGUAGUAGGUAAUAAUAUCUUUGCAAGAACUAUUUCCAUGUGCUAAAACGACAAAUUUGGGUACAAAACUUUGAAGAAAAACGACAUAACCUAAAAUUUUUCGACAACACUUCAAUCAUCCUCAGAUUUCGAGACAAAACUUGAAUUGUCGUUCAAAAAUUACCCUCAAAUUUCUGGACAAUCUUCAAUUAUCGUUCAAAAACUACUUAACCCAACCAUUUCUCAAUCCAACUUCGAUUUUCAAUAGAAAAUCAUACAUCAAAUCUUCGGACAACCCUCAGUUUUUAACAAAAAGCCACGACAAAAACUUAAAUUUACAUACAAACUUUGAAAUCCUCCAAGUUUUUGGACUAAACUUCAAUCUUCGUUCAAAAACCACCUAAAUCUCCGGACAAACUUUGAAGCUCCAUUCAAAAACCACCCAUCAAAUUCCCGGACAACUUUGGAAUAUCGUCAAAAAAAAAAAACUGCCAACAAAUUCCCAGACAAACUUCGAAUCAUCGGGCAAAUCUUCAAUUUUCAUUCAAAAAGACACAAAAAUAUUUACAAUUCUUGAAUCAGCAUUCAAAAAACUACAGUUCUCAGACCAACUUUGAAACCUAUCAAAUUUUUUGAAUCAUACAUAAUUCAGAAAACAAAGACAAAAACUACAGUUCUCAGAACAACUUUGAAACCUAUCAAAUUUUUUGAAUCAUCAUUCAGAAAACAAGGACAAAAACUUCAGUUCUCAGACCAACUUUGAAACCUAUCAAAUUUCUGGACUAACUUUGAAUUUAUCUUCCAAAAGCCACCAAACAUGACCUUCUCCGAAUUCGUCGGUUGUACCUGCAUCGCCUAUGGACCCCUCCUUGCCAUGUUUGUCUUCACCAUUAUGCAGGACCCCAUACGAAUCAUCAUCCUAAUUGCUGCCGCUUUUUUCUGGCUAGUAUCCCUUCUACUGUCAUCCAUCAUCUGGUUCAUACUUCCACUCAAAAACACUCUAAUAUUCGGUGUGAUUCUAUCAGUUCUAUUCCAAGAGUUUUUCCGGUACUUGAUAUACAGAUUACUACGUAAAGCUGAGGCUGGAUUGAAGAAAGUAACCGUUCCUGAUACUAAUAUAGAGAUAACUAAUAACAAACACGUGUUAGCGUAUGUGGCCGGGUUGGGUUUUGGAACAAUGAGUGGAGCCUUUGCAUUGGUGAACGUACUAGCCGACAUCUCAGGACCUGCUACCAUGGGACUGAAAGGAUCCUCAAGUUUGUUCACAGUGAUCUCCGCCAUCUUGACUUGUUGUUUCGUACUAUUGCACACGUUCUGGGGGGUCAUCUUCUUCAACGCAGUUGACACCAAAAACUACAUCCAUAUUGGGUGGGUUUUGGGAAGCCAUGUGCUAGUUUCAUCAGUGACUCUGUUCAACGCGAAAAUGUUGUAUUUCUCGUCAGUGAUACCGACAGUGCUCGUAAUGGUGUGUUCUGGGUACAUGGCGUUCAGAAUUUGUGGCGGUACAUUGAACCGGUGUAAAAGUGGGUUGGUUUGUGGGAGAGGUGCGGAGGAGCGGCGAGGUUCAUCGUCGCCUACUACCUCCGUUACUUGAUUUUUGGUGUAGAUUGAGUGCGGUUUGGGAUGAGAUUCGUGGAGGAGCCCCGGGGUACUCCAUUAAUUAUUGAUAUAAUUGUAAAAAUUGUGUGUAUUUUGGGAUGAUAUUAAAUUUGUGGGGAGAGAGU